GCUACAGCACCCCAUCCCAGCGAUCUACGGGGCUGCUCUGCCAACACAGUGACCUACUGGGCUGCUCCACCAAACCACAGCACGAGGCCAGCGUCCGCCAGCUUCGGGGCGGUCCGCUGGUGCUCUGCCUUUCCUGCCGCGCAGGCCAGGAUGGCGGGGAGCUCGCUCGCUGCCGCACGGGCUCUCCAGCCUGCUCGCUUGCUCCAGCCAUGCUUCUUGACCCGGUGAAUUGCUCCCUUCUGCCUCGGUAACCGAGAGAGAAAGGUCAUCAUGCCGACGGUGGUGGUGAUGGACGUGUCGCUCUCCAUGACGCGGCCCGUCUCGGUGGAGGGCUCCGAGGAGUAUCAGCGGAAACACCUGGCUGUCCACGGCCUGACCAUGCUGUUCGAGCACAUGGCAACCAACUACAAGCUGGAGUUCACAGCCUUGGUGGUGUUCUCGUCGCUCUGGGAACUGAUGGUGCCCUUCACGAGAGAUUACAACACGCUGCAGGAAGCCCUAAGUAACAUGGAUGAUUAUGACAAAACAUGUUUAGAAUCAGCGCUGCUUGGGGUUUGCAAUAUUGUCCAGCAGGAAUGGGGUGCAGCAAUUCCUUGCCAGGUAGUUCUUGUCACUGAUGGCUGCUUAGGGAUUGGCAGAGGCUCCCUGCGGCACUCACUAGCUACUCACAACCAGCGAAGUGAAAGCAACCGAUUUCCACUGCCUUUCCCUUUCCCAUCCAAGUUAUAUGUCAUGUGUAUGGCAAAUCUGGAAGAGCUUCAGAGCACAGAUUCCUUGGACUGUCUGGAACGGCUCAUAGAUUUAAACAAUGGAGAAGGACAGAUUUUUACCAUCGAUGGACCUCUUUGCCUUAAGAAUGUACAGUCUAUGUUUGGAAAGCUAAUAGACGUGGCUUAUACACCAUUCCAUGCUGUUCUUAAGUGUGGCCACUUAACAUCUGAUGUGCAAGUAUUUCCCAGACCAGAACCUUUCAUUAUAGAUGAGGAAAUAGACCCCAUCCCUAAAGCAAUUAAUACAGAUCUAGAAAUUGUUGGUUUUGUAGAUAUAGCUGACAUUUCUAGCCCUCCUGUCUUAUCCAGACACUUGGUAUUGCCCAUUGCACUUAACAGAGAAGGUGAUGAGGUGGGACCUGGGAUAACGGAUGACACUGAAGAUGAAAACUCAGCUAAUCAGAUUGCUGGGAAAAUCCCCAACUUCUGUGUUUUGUUGCAUGGGAGCCUGAAAGUGGAGGGCAUGGUGGCUGUCGUCCAGUUGGGGCCAGAGUGGUAUGGAAUGCUCUAUUCACAAGCUGACAGUAAGAAGAAAUCAAACCUCAUGAUGUCACUCUUUGAACCUGGUCCUGAGCCCCUUCCAUGGCUGGGGAAGAUGGCACAACUUGGACCUAUUUCAGAUGCAAAAGAAAAUCCUUAUGGAGAGGAUGACAAUAAGAGCCCUUUCCCCUUGCAACCCAAAAACAAGCGCAGUUACGCACAGAAUGUUACUGUAUGGAUUAAACCAAGUGGCCUCCAGACAGAUGUACAGAAGAUCUUGAGAAAUGCAAGGAAGCUCCCUGAGAAGACUCAAACGUUCUAUAAGGAACUUAACCGUUUACGAAAGGCAGCUCUGGCCUUUGGAUUUUUGGACCUCUUGAAAGGUGUGGCAGACAUGCUGGAGCGGGAGUGCACCCUGCUUCCUGACACAGCUCAUCCCGAUGCAGCGUUUCAGCUCACACAUGCUGCUCAGCAGCUCAAAGUGGCAAGUACUGGGGCAUCAGAAUAUGCUGCCUAUGAUCAUAACAUUGCUCCAUUGCAGACAGACUUUUCCGGUAGCAGCACUGAAAGAAUGUGAAGUCUCCAUUUUGGGAACUUCUAUAAAUGAAGACUCAAGUGGUUCAAAUUGUCUUGUCCUCUUUACUUUCUGGAACCUGUUUAAUUACUGCUUGGAAACCUUCCUAUGCAAACAGGGUUCCUUAUUUGCAUCAGUGCUCUCUGAAUAAACAUAGCUAAUUUGUGGUGACUCUAGUCAGAUGUGGAAACCAUGCUUUUAAGUGUCCCAAAGUCAAAUAUGGAGUUAGAUAAUGGGUGGAAGUUAUUUAGUACAUGUGAGGAAAGAGAAAGAAAAUACUGCUUGUGGCAUUUUGCCUCCCCAGAACACAGUUACUAAAUGACUGAACUCACUGGUAAGUGUCCCAAAAGGCAGCUACUACUAUUUUAUACAUGGAUUUGAAUUGUCCAAAGAAUGUGUGAGAAUCACUGUGCAAAAUUAGAUACAUGGAUAACUUCAGGGUGUCAUCACUGAUUUUAUGCCUGACUUGAAAGUUAGUCUGUACUGCAGUAAUGAACUUGAGCACUUGCAUUGCAGUGCUUAUGCUUGUGGAAGUAAUUUAAUCUCUUGAGAAGGCAGUUUUUUUAUUUGUGUAAUAUUAAUAAAGAGUAAUUCUUCAUGAA